GAUGAAGCAAGAGCAAUGUAUAAUGGAGGACAGGCUGGACUGACAUAUUGGAGCCCAAAUGUAAACAUACUGAGAGACCCUCGGUGGGGACGAAGCCAAGAAACUCCUGGGGAAGACCCCAUCUUGUCUGGAAAGUAUGCGGCCAACUAUGUCAAAGGACUCCAAGGCAAUGGAGAAGGAAAUCGCCUGAAGGUUGCUGCUUGCUGCAAGCACUACACGGCUUAUGAUCUUGACAAUUGGAAUGGUGUGGACCGCUACCAUUACAAUGCAAAGGUUAGCCAGCAGGAUCUCGAAGAAACUUAUAACGUACCAUUCAAAUCUUGUGUGUUGGAAGGAAAUGUUGCAAGUGUGAUGUGCUCCUACAAUCAAGUCAAUGGAAUACCCACUUGUGCUAACCCUAAUAUCUUAAAAGACAUAAUUAGAGGUCAAUGGAACCUCAAUGGGUACAUCGUUUCAGACUGUGAUUCGGUUGGUGUCUUAUAUGAUAGCCAACAUUAUACUAAGACUCCAGAAGAAGCAGCAGCUAUUACAAUUAAAGCUGGGCUGGAUUUGGAUUGUGGGCCAUUCCUAAAGGACCACACAGAAGUAGCUGUAAAUAGAAGUUUGGUAAGUGAGAAUGACAUCAACACAGCUCUCACUAACACAAUCACGGUCCAAAUGAGACUAGGCCUUUUUGAUGGCGAACCAUCUUCUCAGCCAUUUGGAAACUUGGGCCCAAGUGAUGUGUGCAGCCCGGGCCACCAACAGUUGGCCCUUGAUGCUGCCCACCAAGGCAUUGUUCUGCUAAAAAAUCAUGGGCGCACUUUACCACUCUCUACUAAACGCCAUAAAACCAUUGUUGUCAUUGGGCCUAAUUCUAAUGUCACUGACACCAUGAUAGGAAACUACGCUGGUGUUCCUUGUGGUUAUACCACACCUCUACAAGGAAUUGGAAGGUAUGCGAAAACCAUCCACCAACCAGGUUGCAAUGAUGUUUCUUGUUACGACAAUGAGCAUUUAGGAGCUGCAGUGGCUGCAGCCGAACAUGGUGAUGCAACAGUAUUAGUAAUAGGCUUAGAUCAAUCCAUAGAAGCGGAGUCUAGAGACAGAGUCGACAUUCUCUUACCGGGACGGCAACAAGAGCUCAUUUCUAGAGUUGCUGCUGCCUCUAAAGGUCCAACCAUACUAGUCUUGAUGUCUGGUGGGCCUGUUGAUAUCUCAUUCGCAAAAAGGAAUCCUCGCAUUGGUGCCAUCCUUUGGGUUGGAUACCCUGGACAAGCUGGUGGAGCUGCUAUUGCUGAUGUUCUAUUCGGUUCCAAGAAUCCAGGAGGAAAGCUUCCAAUGACAUGGUAUCCCCAAAAGUACCUAGCUAAGGUUCCAAUGACAAUCAUGGACCUUAGGCCGAAUGCGAAAUUAGGGUAUCCUGGUAGAACUUAUCGCUUCUAUAAAGGCCCUGUUGUUUAUCCUUUCGGUUAUGGUCUAAGCUACACGAAAUUCACUCAUAAAGUAGUUGAGGCUCCUACACAAGUUCCUAUUCCAAUCGUCAACACACAAUCCUUGACAAGUUUAAAAAAUUUAAGUAAGAAUGUUGAAGUCACCCACACAAAUUGUAAUUCGCUCUCUUUUGGAGUCCAUAUUGAGGUUCAAAAUAAUGGGUUAAUGGAUGGUACUCACACAUUGCUUGUAUUCUCAAGCCCACCCAUUGGAAGAAUGGUUGCCCAAAAGCAGCUGGUGGGCUUUCAAAAGGUACAUUUAGGAGCUAACUCGCGACAACGAGUCACAGUCAAUAUUGAUGUUUGCAAGCACUUAACUUUUGUGGACAAAUUUGGAAAUAGAAAGAUUCCAAUGGGGCAACAUACACUUCACAUUGGUGCCAUUCAUCAUACAUUUUCUUGUAAGAUUCUUCUAGCAAAUCUUCAUUGAUUUCUGAUUCAUCAGAAUUAGUGUCAGCAAUAUCAUUAGUACAUGUCGUAUCAAU